AUGUUCCACGUGUCGACUCUCCUGCCCUACAACCCUUCAGACCCCCAGCAGAUCCAGCGCAAACGCCACAUCGGCAAUGACGUGUGCCUGAUCAUCUUCCACGAGGGAGACCCAGCGGUCGGGUUCGAUCCGACCACCCUCCGCUCGCAGUUCACGCACAUCCAGGCGGUGGUGCGGCCGAUCCGGUCGCGACGCCCCUUCGUCGCCAGCCAGACCCCAGUUCCCCGGUACCGGAUGGAGGUCUGCGCGCGGGACGAUGUGCCGGAAUUUGCCCCGGAGCUGCCGGCCCCCCCGGAAUUCGAUGCUUCGGAGCUCCGGGAGAUCCUGCUGGCCAAGUUGAUCAAUGGCGAACGCUCGGCCAUGGAGGCCCCGCGCUUCAAGGAGCCUCACCUUCGGGCCCGAGCCCGGCACUUUUCCUUCCUGUGCGAAACAUACGCCGACCAUCCGAUCACCGGGUCCGCUCCGCCGACCAUCCUGUUCCAGUCGUCAGCCCCAUCGUCGUCGCCAUCCAGCAUGAGUUCCUCGGGUCCCGGCAUGCCGCUGUCGUCCAGCGGGGGGUCCUCCUCAUCGCUGUUGUCUGGGACCGCUGCCUCCAGCGCGUCGCUGUCCUCCAUCUCCUCUGGCUCUUCCUCCACAGCCGGCGGCAGCCACUGCGGCAACAAUGUGCCGGGCAGCACCGGCGCGCUCUUCCCCCUGUCAGGGGCGACGAUCUCCAUCCCCUCGUCCUCCCUUCGCCCUUGA